AUGAGCGAGAGUGCGGGCAAACCAGCACCCGAAGAGGCUGCAAGGGGUGAAUGCACUGAGCGUAGCCUGCGAGAGGCUGAGCUGCAAGAAACGGAGCUGAUUCGUAAAAUGCUCUACACGUCGCCGCUGGAUGAGGAGAGCACCGACGCAACGAAGGAGGAGACGACGCAUGACACGGUGCGGCUCUCACGGGAGGCGCGUGAUGAAUUUGUCAAGGCGGCAAUGCGGCCCAUGAAGGAGAAAGUGGCGGAGUUCCGUGGUUUUGUGGAGCUUUUGGGCCGCCCACAGAAUGGGCGCGUUGUGGGUGUGUUUCUCAUCACCACGGCUGUGAUGUUCACGAUUCCCAUUAUCGUUUUGCUCAUUGGCAUGCACCUUGUCGCUCCAGCCAUUGGGGCCGAUGCGGGCGUGUGCGGCGGCUUCAUGGCGCUGGGCUCCACCGUGAUCAUCAUGGCCUCCUACGUCAUCUACGCCUUUGUGGAGCCUGGCGCAGGUGCUGUGGAGGGGCGGCCAGCGGGGGACAAGAAGAAUCAGUAG